CUUGUUGAAGCUUGACCCUAUUUGCCGCAAAUGUCAAAAGCCCUGGGAAGCCCGUCUUCUCUUGGCCGCCUCCACAUCCUGUAACAUAUCUGUCUAGGGUUUUAAGAUGUCGAUCCUCGGCAAUACCGACGACGGUGGUGAGUCGGUGGAGAUCCGCGAGGUGUGGGACUCCAACCUCGAGGAUGAGUUCGCGCUCAUACGCUCUAUCGUCGACGACUACCCCUACGUCGCCAUGGACACCGAAUUCCCCGGUGUUGCCCUUCGCCCCAUCGGCGCCUUCCGCACCGCUUCCGACUACAAUUACAAAACCCUAAAGACCAACGUCGACCUCCUUAAGCUCAUACAGCUCGGACUCACUUUCUCCGAUGCUCGCGGCAGCCUCCCGACCUUUGGCUCUCCUGCCCGCCCCUACGUCUGGCAGUUCAACUUCCGCGAGUUCGACGCCGCUCACGACGUCUACGCCUCCGACUCCAUUCAGCUCCUCCGCCGCAGCGGUAUAGAUUUCGACAAGAACCGUCGCCUCGGCGUCUAUGCCCCCCGCUUUGCCGAGCUACUCAUGUCCUCCGGCGUCGUCCUCAAUGACUCUGUUCACUGGAUCACAUUUCACAGUGGCUACGAUUUUGGCUACCUGCUCAAAAUCCUGACAUGCCUCAAUCUGCCCGAGAAGCAGGAGGGCUUUUUUGAUCUCUUGAGGUUGUAUUUUCCGAACGUAUAUGAUGUCAAGCAUUUGAUGAAGUUUUGCAAUAGUCUCCAUGGUGGUUUGAAUAAGCUUGCUGAGCUUCUUGAGGUGGAGCGGGUGGGUAUCUGCCACCAAGCUGGAUCGGAUAGCUUGCUUACUGCUGCCACCUUCAGGAAAUUGGAGGAGUGUUUCUUUAAUGGAUCUACAGAGAAAUAUGCUGGAGUUUUGUAUGGUUUUGGUGUUGAUUAACAGUGCAGUUGUCGUUAGAUAAUGGAAAUGAAAAGGCCAAAAAAAAAAAAAAAAGAGAAAAGAAAAGAAAAGCUUGAAUUACUAGCAAUAAGACAACAUUGUACUGAGUGAGUCCCUCUCUCGCUCUCACCCCUCUGAUUCCUUCAUUUUCUAGGAAUAUUUUUCAGGAAUCUCGAGUGAAUGGCAUAUUUAGAUUUAUCUAGGCUUGUUUGUUCUUCUUCAUUAGCUGGCUCAAAUAUGUUUGCAGUUGUCACGGUUGCUACUAGUUUAUCACACCGAGUAGAAUUGGAUUUACAAAUUUAAUUAUUUUCUCAUC